AUGAUCGCAACGGCAGGCAGUGGAAAUGAGCGGACAUCGUCUGAAUUAUCCGACACAGUCAUUCAGAGCGAGGUCAAAAAGAAGUGGACGAGUUAUGUCUGGGACACGUUGGACAAGUCGCCGGAAGAACGACGGUUGUUAUUCAAACUCGAUACUGCUCUCUUGACGUUUGCAUCGCUUGGCUAUUUCAUCAAGUACCUUGACCAGAUCAAUGUUAACAAUGCUUUCGUGUCCGGCAUGCAAGAAGAUCUCGGACUGUACGGAAAUCAGUUGAAUUAUAUGACCGCGACUUGGACAGUUGGAUAUGUUAUCGGGCAGAUACCGUCCAACAUAGCCUUAACUAAACUCCCUCCUCGAUAUUGGAUCCCGGCAGCAGAGGUGAUAUGGUCGGUUUUGACCAUGGGUCUUUCAAGAGCCAAUAGCGCACGCCAAAUAUACAUCAUGCGAUUCUUCAUUGGAUUGGCCGAAAGUACCUUCUAUCCCGGUAUGCAAUAUAUCAUUGGCUCGUGGUAUCGCAAAGAUGAAUUGGCAAAAAGAUCUUGCAUCUUCCAUACAAGUUCGGGUCUUGGUUCCAUGUUCUCUGGAUACCUAAUGGCAGCCGUGUACCAUCUCGGUGGUAGAGGAGGGUUUAAAGGCUGGCAAUGGCUGUUCAUUAUCGACGGCGUCAUAUCCCUUCCGGUCGCCCUGGCAGGGUUCUUUAUUCUUCCGGAUGUGCCUGAAAUUAGUAAUCCGUGGUACUUGACUGAGAAGGAGGUAGCCCUAGCGAAGAAACGAAUGGAACUCGAAGGCCGCGAGAACCGUCAGCCAUAUACGAAGGCCAAGAUCAAGAAGAUAUUCUCAACGUGGCACAUUUACUUAUUGACAAUAUUGUACAUAUCCUUCAACAACGCCAAUGGUGGCCAACCCGUGCUUGCACAAUGGCUCAAAUCGUCGACUCACCCUAAAUAUACCGUCCCACAGAUCAAUGCCUAUGCGACAACACCAUAUGCUGUCCAGGUUAUCACCACGCUUAUAUACGCUUGGACAUCAGAUACAAUUUUCAAUGGCAGACGUUGGCCACCUAUCCUUUUCGGCGCACUGUCCAAUAUUGUUUGCGGUGCCUCUCUUCUCGCCUGGGAUAUUCCUAGAGGCUGGAAGUGGUUCUGUUAUAUCUAUUCCGGUGCUGGCUACGGCCUAAGCGGGCUUUGUAUGGCAUGGGCACAUGAAAUAUGUACUGAAGACAACGAAGAACGAGCACUUACUGUUGGCUCCAUGAACGAAAUGGCAUACGUCUUUCAAGCAUGGCUACCCCUGAUUGUGUGGCAACAGGUAGAUGCGCCCCGCUACCACAAGGGGUGGAUUACGAUGAUCACAAUGUCCUGCAUACUGAUAACCACGGCGUUCAUUAUUCGAUUCUUGCACAAGAGGGAGAAGUAA